GUUAAUUUUGUGAAUUUUAAUUCCUCGAUUUUGCAUAUCUACCUUGGAAUCUCUACCCAAUUCCUCACCCAUCCAGCUCAUUCAUUUGGGAAUGUUCUUCUAAUCCAUUCCCAAAUUCCCAUAUCCUCCACAGGCACAGGCCCAUACAACUGUUCCAUUUCUUCCACGGACCCUUCUUUUGUACAAGUAUUUUUUUUCCAUUCUUUCUAAAUUCAAUCUUCAAGGUUUUUGUUAUGGGUUGCGCAACUUCGAAGAAUCAACAACCGGUGUGCCGGAACUGCCAGACACCAUGUUCACCGGUGCAUCGGCGCUAUUCAAUGCACGUUCACCACCCUCCUCAGCGAGAAGGCGAUAGCCACCACAUGGUUGCUCUCACCUCCUCCACAUUAGGGUCUCUCAAGCUCGACACAUCAAUUCAAGUCCGCCAUAUCAAUGUGGAAAAAGCUCCAACUGAGAAUGGCCAUGAUGAUUAUAAAAAGAAUGGUGGUGGUGAUGAGUCUUGUAACAAUGAGUACGAUAAGAGAAGCAAAGAGGAGUUUGCAAUGGGGGUGACUGAGGCAAAGACAUGGUCAAGAAUGAUCAAUGAAAAGAUUCCAAAGGUGGUCCCAAAAACGCCAAUUCGAACGCCUCCUGGUGAGCCAGAGACAAUAAAUUUGUGGGAAUUGAUGGAGGGUCUUGAAGAUACCAGUCCUCUGCGGCCACCCAAUCAUCUUCGUAGUUUUUCUUUUCAUGUGGCACCUAAAUCUAAUCCAUUCCAGUCUGAUUUUGAUCAACCUACGCCAAGAGUGCUAGAAAAUGGGGAAGCUUCCCCUAAACCGUUGUGGGUAGAGAUGGCUGAUAAUGAUUCGAAUUCCAAUUCGAAUACCACAUCAAUAGCGUCUGAGUUUGAUCCAGAAGUGAUAUCAGCAUUCAGAAAAUCACUCGAGGAACUUCCGCCAGCCUACCCUUUCCACCUCAAGCCAUUAGUCAAUGAAUCACAGCAGUUUAUGGAUGGCAAAGAUCAGGUUCAGCCAUUGGAUGCAACGGAUGGAAAGAAAGAGAACGAUGUUGUAACCACGCGUGAUAAGGACAAGGUGGUUGUCUUCUUCACCAGCCUAAGAGGAGUGAGGAAGACAUAUGAGGAUUGUUGCCAUGUUAGAUUGAUUUUGAAGGGAUUGGGUGUUAAGAUUGAUGAGAGAGAUGUAUCGAUGCAUUCGGGGUUUAAGGAUGAGUUGAAAGAGCUAUUGGUAGAUGGAGUCAGUGGUAGUGGCUUGCCCAGUGUGUUUUUGGGGAGGAAAUAUAUUGGCGGAGCCGAGGAAAUACGACAAAUGCACGAAGAGGGGCAGCUUGAGAAGGUAGUAGUAGAAUGUUGCGAAAUGGUGGAUGAAGGUGGUGGUGGUGGGGGAGUUUGUGAUGCAUGUGGGGAUAUAAGAUUUGUGCCCUGUGAGACAUGUUCAGGGAGUUGUAAGAUCUAUUAUGAAGGUGAUGAUUAUGAUGAAGAAUGUGAGGAAGACGAGUAUGGGUUUCAAAGAUGCCCUGAUUGCAAUGAGAAUGGGCUAAUACGAUGUCCAGUUUGUUUUGAUUGAUUUCAGUGGCAUAAGCUAUGAUUUUCCCUUUUUUUUUUUGAAGUCUUUGUUUUUGUUUGUGAGUUUGUUUCUUGUACAGUGAGGAGUUUUGGUAUAUCGAAAGGAGAUUCACGAGCCUUACCAGGACUUGACAUGCCACGGAUUCUCUUGAAAGAAGGGUGUGUUUGGAAACGCAGACACAGGGGGUGCAUGGCAACUACAGUGUUCUAGUCUUCUAGGUAGGUUUUUGACCCCUAGUUAUGUGUCACAAGGACUGUAUUUUCCUAGUAUACUGAGAGGCUUGUAUACAUUUUUGUACCUUUCUAAAUAAAUGGAAUACAUACUAGAGGUGUGCAAUAGUGGCA